AUGGCCAAAUCUACAUCAAAGAAAGGCGAAGCCAGAGAACCAUUAUUAAGUGGACAACAACAAGAACCACAAUCAACCUCAGAAUCCGAAGAUACCAAUCCAUUACUGUCUAAUAUUAUUAUCCCCGCUAAUAUAAAUAGUCCAAAUGCAAGCGCUUUUGAUUUAAUCCUGGGUCCAUCAUCUUCAAUAAAUAAAGCUAGUUCUGUUUCCAAUAUUCCCAAAAAUUUGAAUAUUGGAGAGUUCCCAGAAUCCAUAAUAUCUGUUGAUUCAUCCGCUGUACUACCUGAAAUAAUGGAUACUAGUAUCUUAAAGGCAAAUAAUAAUAACGUCGAUAAUAGUGAAUAUGAUUUUGACAGGUAUGCCACCGAUGAUGAGGACGAUACUGUAGAAAGUGAUGACGACGAGGAUGACGAAGAGGAAAGUGAUGAAGAUCAAGAUCUUGAUAGUACUACCCAAAUAAAUGAAGAUAUUGAAGAAAAUGGUACCGAAAAUAAUCAGGAAAUCAGUGUUGAUUAUAGACGUACCCUUGAUUUAGUUUUAAAUGGUAUGCCUGCACCUUAUAACGUCUGCUUUGUUCCUGUUCCUGUAAUUUGGGGGUUGUCCUUCAUAGAUUACGGACUGUCUAGUGCAUUUUUAGGUUUUUCUUCAUUUUUCUUAUUUCCCUAUUUUGUUUAUAGUAUCAUCUUUAUUUAUGCUCGUAAUAGAAGUAAUUAUCAACCAGUUACUAAUAAUUUUUAUGAAGAGCUGGAAAAUAACGAGUCUACUUCACCACAGCAACACGAGGACAUUGCUAUGGAUGAUCUUACUCCUGUUCCAUUAGAUUAA